AAUGAGUUUAUGUAAAUUUACGAGAUUUACCAACAUUCUGAUUAACUUAAAAACCUCAGAUCUUCGAAAUCUUCACGCACCUGCGGAAGAAUUCUUCUUUUUUAUGUCAAAGUAGGUGAACUACUAUGGAUUUCAAGCCCCCGAACCCUACGCUGCGGAACUUCUCCUUGCUCCUUGCUCCAAACUUACAUCAACAAUCCAUCAAUCCACAGGCGGAAUAUCGAUAGCUUGCUCCUUGCUCCAAGGAAAUAAAAAUUGAGUUGCAAAAAGUCCAAGUUUUGGUGAAAAGUUACUGGUACUGCUUAUAACAGGAUAUUUGAGAUGAGUCAUAUUUCCUCAAAGUUAAUGACCGGGGCAGAGAUUUGCAGUUUUGUUUCUGGUUCACAUAUUCAGGUCAGAAGGGAUGUUUUUGGUGCUGAGCUCCAUAAUAAUUCAUCGAAUAGAAUUAAUAUAGCUUGGCUGAGACAUGCCCGCCAAUCCAGCUACACAAGUGGGUGCAAAUUUAGUGUCUCAGCAAGAAUAAAAAAGGGGCAGAAGCAUGACUAUCCAUGGCCAGAUGAUGUUGAUCCAAAUCUGAAAAGUGGACACCUGAGCUAUUUGUCUCACUUCAAACCUCUUAGUGAAAAGCCCAAGUUGGUUGCACUCGAUUUUGAGAAGCCAUUGCUUGAGCUCGAAAAGAAAAUAUCUGAUGUGCGUAAAAUGACUAAUGAGACUGGCCUGGAUUUCAGUGAUCAAAUUAGUCUAUUGGAAAAAAAGUAUCAAGAGGCUUUAAAAGAUCUCUACACCCAUUUAACUCCAAUCCAACGCCUAAGUAUAGCUCGCCAUCCAAACAGGCCUACAUUUCUUGACCAUGUUUUAAACAUUACUGAAAAGUGGGUGGAGCUUCAUGGUGAUCGUGCAGGUUAUGAUGAUCCAGCCAUUGUUACUGGUCUAGGAAGUAUAGAUGGAAAAACUUAUAUGUUUAUUGGCCAUCAGAAAGGAAGGAAUACCAAAGAAAAUAUUCAUCGGAAUUUUGGAAUGCCAACUCCUCAUGGGUAUCGGAAGGCUUUGCGCAUGAUGAGAUAUGCUGAUCAUCAUGGAUUUCCUAUUAUAACAUUUAUUGAUACACCUGGUGCAUUUGCUGAUCUCAAGUCUGAAGAACUCGGGCAAGGAGAAGCAAUAGCUUACAACCUGAGGGCUAUGUUUGGCUUGAAGGUCCCAAUAGUCACUGUUGUUAUUGGUGAAGGUGGAUCCGGUGGAGCUCUUGCAAUAGGUUGUUCAAAUAAGCUGUUCAUGUUAGAAAAUGCUGUCUUUUAUGUUGCCAGCCCUGAAGCAUGUGCAGCAAUCUUGUGGAAAUCUUCUCAAGCAGCUCCAAAGGCAGCUCAGAAACUGAAGAUCACAGCAACAGAGCUAUGCAAGCUCAAAAUUGCAGAUGGGAUUAUCCCGGAACCCCUUGGUGGUGCACACGCUGAUCCAACUUGGACUUCACAACAAAUUAAACUUACAGUUACAAGGGCCAUGAAGGAACUCACCCAAAUGAACACCGAUAGUUUGCUCGGCCAUAGGCAUUUAAAAUUCCGACAACUUGGUGGUAUCCAGGAAGGCGGCUCUGUGGAACCUGAGAAGAAACGUAACAUGAAGAAGAAGGAUGUUGCUGUUUCCGAAAUAACAGCCAACCUGGAGGCAGAACUCGAAGAAGUCAAAAAGUCUGUAUUAAAAGCCAAGAAGAAGUCCACCGUGCCUGUUUUCUCCGAUGAGGAUGUGGAGUUGGUGAAGCACGACGUGGACAAGGAGAUCACCAAUGCUUUUAUUGCAAUGGGCCUUCAGGAGAAACUCGAAGCUCUAAAGAUGGAUUUAUUGAAAGCACCCUCAGAUCUAAAUCAAGUUCCAACGCUCAAGGAGAGGGUGGGUCGGCUCGUUCAAGAAUUCAAGAACAACUUAUCAAGUUCUGGAUCGUUCGAUGGGCUUACGCAGAAGCUCAAAACAUUAUCCGAGGUAAACACACUGCUAGAACACAAGCGAAAGGGAGAGAUACUGAAAAAGGCUAUCAAUGACCGGCUUCAAAACAAGGCGAAAGAGAAGAUGGAAAUAUUGAGAAAAGCACGUGAUUUGGCGGCAAAGGGAGAGGAAUUGGACGAUGAUACGCUCAAGAGAGUUGACGAAGCGAGGGAUGAACUGAUGGAAAUGUUGAAAUCUGCAAACUUUGAGGUGUUGGGAGUGAACAGAAAGAUGAGUUCUUCGGCUCCUUCGGUUAUAUUGGAGAAGGUGGCGAAAGCGAACGAAGUGAUAUUUGGUGAAAUAGAUAAAGUUGUUGAGAUGGGUGGGUUGAGAGUUAAGGUUGAUGAGUUGAGGUUGGAGAUGGAGAAAGGUUCAAGAAAUGAUAAGGGUAAGGUGGAGAGGUUGAUAAAAGAAAUAAGGGAUGGAGUUCAUGCGUCAUUGGAUCCAAAUGAAUUAGAAAAAAUGGUUAAAAGCUCGAUUGGGUUGCAAUCACCUGAUGCUGUUGGAGCCAAUGCUGAGCAGAAAUAGAGUUUGAUUUUGGACUAAUUUGUUUCAAUUUUUUUUUUUUUUUUUGCAUUAAUGAUGAACUUUUUAUUAGAUUGAGCUUUUCUUUUUGCCCCCAAUGUCAGAAUUGAUGGAGAUGUAUUUGUUUUUUCAUGGAGGAAUAAUCAAUGAUUAAUAUGGGAAUGUAUUUGUAUAUGUUGAAAGAUGUUUCGAUCUUCACGU